UCUUCAGCAUGAUGGAAUAUUCGUUGGAUGGCCACAACGUCAGCUUAUCCGCCAUCCGUACCGUCCGGGUACUCAGGCCUUUACGAGCCAUUAACAGGGUGCCAAGUAUGCGCAUACUGGUCACCCUGCUGCUAGAUACUCUGCCUAUGUUAGGCAACGUUCUUCUCUUAUGCUUCUUUGUCUUUUUCAUCUUUGGGAUCGUCGGGGUGCAGCUCUGGGCCGGGCUGCUGAGGAACAGAUGCUUCCUAGAUACCCAUUUUCAAAUGACAUACAACUUGACUUUCCUUAAGCCGUAUUACCAGACGGAUGUAGGGGAAGACAAUCCCUUCAUUUGUUCAUCCCACAGGGACAAUGGCAUGCAGAAAUGUUCCAACAUCCCCAACCGGAAAGAGCAUAAGGUGGAAUGUACUUUGAGCAUGGACUCGUAUUUCAGCCACCGAAACGCCUGCGUGAACUGGAAUCAGUAUUAUAACAUCUGCAGGACGGGGGAUUUCAACCCGCACAAUGGAGCUAUUAAUUUUGAUAAUAUUGGCUAUGCUUGGAUAGCUAUUUUUCAGGUUAUCACUCUGGAAGGAUGGGUCGACAUCAUGUACUAUGUCAUGGACGCGCACUCUUUUUACAAUUUUAUAUAUUUUAUACUACUUAUAAUAGUCGGUUCUUUCUUCAUGAUUAACUUGUGCCUGGUUGUGAUAGCAACACAGUUUUCUGAAACAAAACAGCGGGAGAACCAGCUGAUGAAGGAGCAGCGGGCCCGUUACCUCUCGAACGACAGCACAAUCGCCAGCUUCUCCGAGCCGGGGAGCUGUUACGAGGAACUCCUCAAGUACAUCUGCCACAUUUUCAGGAAAGUGAAACGGCGGACGUUGCGGCUCUACAGCAACUGGCAGAGCAAGCGGCGGAAGAAGGUUGACCCCAACGCACAAGUCCGCCCGAGCCAAAAGCGCAUCACUUCCAUCCACCACCUGAUCCACCACCACCACCACCACCACUACCACAUCAGCAACGGGAGCCCCCAAGGGCCACACGCGACCCCGGGGAUCUGCGACCUGGAGCUGAAGGUCAUGAGACCCGGAAGCCAGCUCAUGCUUCCGCCAUUGUCCCCUAACCGCCGGAGCUCCUUGGCUCCGGAUUCGGAGUCCGUCCGCAGCAUUUACCACGCCGACUGCCACCUGGAAGGGACCCAGGUGAAAUGCAAGUCUUCCAACGUCUCGGCAAGCGUCAAGCUCACCAGCCGUGGCAACAUGAACUACCCGACCAUCUUGCCUUCCCUGGCUGGGGUCGCGUUGGCAUCUAAAGGCAAGAGAAAUGGUGGCAGCGGAAGCGGCACUCCCGUGGCCGUGGUCAGCAGCCCGGUUCACUUGAAUGUGGAUUCUUACAGCAAGCUCCAUCAUUUGGUAGGAGAAUGUGGUCUUUGCCGGGCGAGCAGCAGAUUAUCUGGUUUGAACAUGCCCUCUCCGUUGCCCAGCCCGCAGGCCAGCCUGUCGAACUGCGACCUGCAGAACUGCCCGUAUUGCGCCAGCAUCUUGGAUGACCCCGAGUUCAAAUUCAGCGAAUCGGACAGCUACGAGUCUGACGGUGACACCGGAGUUUAUGAGUUCACCCAGGACGUGAAGCAUGGGGACCAGAGAGACCAGAUCCAGCAGCAGCGGAACAAGAAGAAGAAAAAGAAGAAGAAACCGAAAGAGAGGAGCCGAGUCUGCCGGCUGUGGAAGGCCUUUGGGGACAAACUGAAGAGGAUCGUGGAAAGCAAGUAUUUCAACCGCGGCAUCAUGAUCGCCAUCUUGAUCAACACAUUGAGCAUGGGCAUCGAGUAUCACGAGCAGCCGGAUGAGUUGACCAAUGCUCUGGAGAUCAGCAACAUCGUCUUCACCAGCAUGUUUGCUCUGGAGAUGCUUCUCAAGCUGAUGGCCUUUGGCAUCUGGGGCUACAUCAAGAACCCCUACAACAUCUUUGAUGGCAUCAUCGUCGUCAUCAGUGUCUGGGAGAUCAUUGGUCAAUCGGACGGCGGCCUUUCCGUGCUGAGAACCUUCCGGCUCCUCCGGGUCCUGAAGCUGGUGAGGUUCAUGCCGGCUCUCCGGCGCCAACUGGUGGUCCUGAUGAAGACAAUGGAUAACGUGGCCACAUUCUGCAUGCUGCUCAUGCUCUUCAUCUUCAUCUUCAGCAUUCUCGGCAUGCAUCUUUUUGGGUGCAAGUUCGGCCUGAAAAUGGACACCGGAGACACCAUCCCUGACCGAAAGAACUUUGAUUCCUUGCUCUGGGCUAUCGUCACCGUCUUUCAGAUCCUCACCCAAGAAGACUGGAACGUGGUGCUGUAUAAUGGGAUGGCCUCCACAUCUUCCUGGGCAGCCUUGUACUUUGUGGCUCUCAUGACCUUCGGCAACUACGUCCUCUUCAACCUUUUGGUCGCCAUCCUCGUGGAAGGCUUCCAAGCGGAGGGUGAUGCCAACCGGUCUGACACAGAUGAGGACAGGACAUCGACCAACUUUGAGGAGGAUUUUGAGAAGCUGAAGGAGCUACGGGCUUCUGAGAUGAAGAUGUACUCCCUGACGGUCACCCCGAAUGGUCACCUGGAAGGCAAAGGGAGCAUGCCCCCACCCAUCAUCCUUCGCACCGCUGCCACGCCGAUGCCCACGCCAAAAUGCUCCCCGCACAUGGAUUCGGUUCACCCUUUCAUGGAUUCAAGGAGAGGAAGCAAUGCAUCCCUUGACCCGCUGAACUUCGACCAAAAGUCCCUGUCCAGCCUCCGCAGUUCCCCCUGUGUAAACUGGGGGGCAGGCAGCAACUGGGGCAGCCGCCGUUCUAGUUGGAACAGUCUGGGGCGUGCCCCGAGCCUCAAGAAGAAGAGCCAGUCUGGGGAACGUGAAUCCUUGCUCUCUGGGGAAGGGAAAGGCAGUACAGAUGACGAAUCAGAAGACACCAAGCUCAGCGCCGUCAGCCGUCCCCCUUUACACCGCCGGGCGGAGUCCCUGGAUUGCCGAGGGGCCCUGGACUUGCCGGAACUUCUCCAGGUGCCCGGAACGCGCCAUUCCUUGAGCGUCAGCCCCAUGGCCGUGGUGCCCACCGAGUACCAAGACUGCAACGGCAAGAUGGUCCACAUCCCCAAUGAGUUCUACUUGCACGUGGACGGCCAAAAAGAUGAUCCCCUUGACUAUGACGAUGACCUGGAAGAUAGUUAUUGCUACCGGAUCCGGAGGUUUUUGGGGCCGUUCAAACCCGAGUGGUGCCGGACGCACGAAGACUGGGCCCUGUACCUGUUUUCGCCGCAGAACCGGCUUCGGGCCACGUGCCAGAAGGUUAUAGCUCACAAGAUGUUUGACCACGUGGUUCUGGUCUUCAUAUUUCUGAACUGUAUCACCAUUGCACUGGAGAGACCGGAUAUCGAUCCCAAUAGUACGGAGCGGAUAUUCUUGAGCGUCUCCAAUUACAUCUUCACGGCCAUCUUUGUUGUCGAGAUGAUGGUUAAGGUCAUCGCUUUGGGUUUCUUCUCUGGGAAACACACCUACCUGCAGAGCAGCUGGAACGUGCUGGACGGCAUGCUGGUCUUCGUCUCCAUCAUAGACAUCAUCGUUUCCAUGGCGUCUGCAGGCGGAGCAAAGAUCCUGGGCAUCCUCCGGGUCCUGAGACUCCUGCGCACAUUGAGGCCUUUGAGAGUCAUAAGUAGAGCUCCGGGGCUGAAGCUGGUGGUAGAGACACUGAUAUCCUCCCUCCGACCAAUCGGCAACAUCGUGCUCAUUUGCUGUGCGUUCUUCAUCAUCUUCGGCAUCUUGGGAGUGCAGCUCUUCAAAGGCAAAUUCUACCAUUGCGAAGGGCACGACCUUCGCAACGUUUCCACAAAAGCCGACUGCACCAAUGCCCGCUACAAAUGGAUCAGGCGAAAGUAUAACUUCGACAAUUUGGGGCAGGCCCUGAUGUCUUUGUUCGUUUUGUCCUCCAAAGAUGGCUGGGUGAACAUCAUGUAUGACGGCUUGGACGCGGUGGGCAUUGACCAGCAGCCCAGCCAGAAUCACAACCCAUGGAUGCUGCUCUACUUCAUCUCCUUCCUCCUGAUCGUCAGCUUCUUCGUCCUGAACAUGUUCGUCGGGGUGGUGGUCGAGAACUUCCACAAAUGCCGGCAGCACCAGGAGGCCGAGGAGGCCCGCCGGAGGGAGGAGAAACGCCUGCGUCGGCUGGAGAAAAAGCGUAGGAGUAAGGAGAUAUACGUGUCUGAAGCACAGAGGCGACCGUAUUAUGCCGACUACUCGCCGGUGCGGAAGUACAUCCACACCCUGUGCACGAGUCACUAUUUGGAUCUUUUCAUAACCUUUAUCAUUGGUGUUAACGUCAUAACCAUGUCCAUGGAACACUUCAACCAACCUAAGUCACUGGAUGAAGCAUUAAAAUAUUGCAACUACAUAUUCACCAUCGUGUUCGUGGUUGAGGCCGUGUUGAAGUUGGUGGCCUUUGGGUUCCGGAGAUUCUUUAAGGACAGGUGGAACCAACUAGAUCUGGCCAUCGUUCUGCUGUCCAUCAUGGGAAUCACCUUGGAGGAGAUCGAAAUGAACGCUGCCCUGCCCAUCAACCCGACGAUCAUCCGUAUCAUGCGUGUCCUGCGCAUUGCAAGAGUCCUGAAGCUGCUCAAAAUGGCAACCGGGAUGCGAGCCCUGCUGGAUACCGUGGUCCAAGCUCUACCUCAGGUAGGUAAUUUGGGCCUGCUUUUCAUGCUGCUGUUUUUUAUCUAUGCUGCCCUGGGAGUGGAGUUAUUUGGGAAGUUAGACUGCAGUGAAGACAAUCCAUGCGAAGGACUAAGUCGCCACGCAACUUUCAACAAUUUCGGCAUGGCGUUCCUCACCCUCUUCAGGGUGUCGACCGGGGAUAACUGGAAUGGGAUCAUGAAGGACACCCUACGGGAAUGCCACCGGGACGACAAGCAUUGCCUCUCCUACCUGCCCCUCAUCUCGCCUGUCUACUUUGUCACCUUCGUCCUCAUCGCCCAGUUCGUCCUGGUCAACGUGGUGGUGGCCGUCCUGAUGAAGCAUCUGGAGGAAAGCAAUAAAGAAGCCAAGGAGGACGCCGAGAUGGACGCCGAGAUCGAGUUGGAGAUGUCUCGGGGGGCCAGCACCCCAGCUCGAACCCCCGACGGGGGAGGACCCCUGGGCAGCCACGAUGUUUCCAAGCCAGGGUCACCCUUCCUCAUAAAACACCAAGGCCUGGAGGUUCUGAGCUGUGAGGAUGUGUCUUUCGCCCUCCCCGACUUAGACCUGCUAGAGGGAGGGGCGGAUUCCUUGAUGGAGUUUGCGUCUUUCUGCUCUUCUCCUCACCGCUCGGUCCCAACACCUUCCCACAGGGCCCCAGGCGGGAAGGCCAAGGAAGCUGUUGCUGGCCUGGGGCCAAACAGAGACCCCCAGAACCUCCUCAUGGUCCGCAAGAUCUCUGUGGCAAGGAUGCAUUCAUUGCCCAAUGACAGCUACAUGUUUCGGCCAGUGAUUCCGGCAAAGGCCCCAUAUCCACUCCAUGAAGUUGAGUUAGAGGCCUACUUGCAUAAGUCACCCAGAGGAUCCAUUACUUCUAUCCAUUCCCAGCCAGUAGGGAUGUGUUCCUCUCUGACAGUUCCCCGGGAAACCCUUCACUCAACAACGCCACCUCCUCACCAUGAAGCGGGGGGACUGUGGAAGCUCCGCCCCCCAUAUGCCACAUCUCGGUCUUCUAGUCUCAACAGGCUGCUGUGCAGACAGGAGGCCAUGCACAGGAUUCGUUGGAUGGUCCAAAUGCAAACCCCAAGGAUAGCAGGCUUGAAAAUAAGACUGUGCUUAACUCUGCCACUCAAAGCAGGCUAGUCCCCAGAGCACACUGACACACCCUCUGUUCCUCUGCCCCCCCCUGACGUUGCCCUCGCGAUGCUCCGCCUCCCCUGCUUCCCCACAUAAGCCUUCGCGUCAGUACUCUCUUAAGCACACUUUCAGUCAGGCACAGCAUUCUGCGCCGGCCGGCCCACGUGAGCAAGCAGCA